GUCCCCUGGAUUGGACGUACAAUGAUUUCAGCGGUCGAUCCUCAUCUGACGAGUGUGCGUCUCGGUGUACUGGCACCAGCAAGUUCCAGUAUGACAUCGGAAAGACCUAUCAAUACAAGUAUGAUGUGACCUCAGAGACGAGUCUGACCGGAUCUGGAGAAGGAGCUGCUCGCAUUGAGGUGGCAGCUACUGCCAGCAUCCAUGUUUUGUCUAAAUGCGAGCUUGCACUGACGCUGUCAAAUGUUGUCUUCAAGACUUCAGAACCAGACAGCACUCAGCUGAAAGAACUGGAUGACUGGGACUACAAAUCUGUGUUGGAGGGUAGUGACCUUAGGUUCUCUUUCCAAGAUGGAAAAAUUGAGGAUCUGUGCCCCUCACCUGACGACACAGUCAAAUCUCUCAACUUUAAGCGCGGAAUUUUGUCUGCCUUCCAAAACAGCAUGAACCAACAUGAGAGGGAUGAGAGUUUGCAAGAGACUGAUGUCACCGGCACCUGCAGAACGCAGUAUACUGUUGAUGACAAAGGAUUGAAGUCACGAAAAUUCACCAAAGUUAAAGAUCUUCUUGGAUGCUCAGAUCGACAGUCCUAUGAGACCUUCAUGCAGUCAACUCCCUUCAAGUUGCCUAAUGCCAUUCAGUCCCUGCCGUUGCUGAAAGGCAACCAUGAGUGUAAGCAGAUUGUAGCAGCUGACGGUCACCUGUUGUCCUCAUCCUGUACAGAAGCCCUAACCUUCAGACCUUUCUCCAAGAAGGAGGCAGGUGCAGGAACGAAGACAACCCAAGAGCUUCAGCACUUGCAGACUGUACCAGGAACCAAUGUCAUGAAAGAUACUGUGACAGAAACAACCAGUCUUCUGUUUGAGCAUGAGAGGAAAUCGGCCGGCGAUGACAAGAGCUGGUGGCCAGCUAGGGAAAAACUGAACACACUUUGCCGCUUGACUGUUGAAAAUAUUCCAUCCUCUGCCCCAGGCCUGUUCACUGACUUGGUGUACCUGAUGCGUGACCUGGAAAGUGCGGAGAUCAUGAGCAUCGCUGAGGGACUGCACCGCGGAAACAUUUGCGGGGAUAACAAGGACAAAGGAAAGAAAUUCUUCUUUGAUGCCAUUCCAAUGUUGGGGACAUCCCAUUCUGUGGAAGUCUUGGUGGAGCUGCUCCUGGGUGGACAUGUGUCUGGUGUGGAGGCGGAGAUGUGGAUUCUGUCCUUCAACUUCAUCCAUGAGCCAACAGAAAAGAUGAUCCUCGACGGAAAGAGACUCUUGAAGUCAGAUUCCCUGCGCAAGAGCUCUCUCCUGCCGGUGACCUCCCUCAUCAACAGCUACUGUCGCUCUCACAGCUGCAUCUCCAACGGGGAUGUGCGUGAUGUUGUCAAUGUGCUGGCUGACAUUUUGGGCAAGAGAUGUGACUCUCCGGAUGAAGAUCUGGUUCUUUUGGCCCUCCGAGCUGCAAGGAACAUGGGGCAGUCUCAUGAGCUGGCUCCAGUCCUGAGCAGCUGUAUGGAAGCCAGUGAGAACUCCAUGGCGAAACGGGUGUUUGCUGCCGAGGCUUUUAGGGGCGUGUCCUGUGAUGUGACGGAUCGAAAGGCACUCAUGGACACUUUCAUGAAUAAAGGAGAAGACUCUGAGCUGAGGAUUGCUGCCUACUUGUCUCUGAUGCAGUGUCCAACGGAAGUUAUCCUGAGUGAGGUGAGAAAAGCACUGGAGAAAGAGUCUGUCAAUCAGGUGGGCUCGUUUGUCUGGACUCACCUGACCAAUCUGCUCCGCACGUCAAGCCCACAGAAACAGGGAAUACGAGAAAUCCUGGAGGAUGAGAAACUGAAGAAAGAAUUCAACAUGGACAAGAGGAAAUACUCUCGAAACUACGAACUGUCGUUUUUCUCGGAGAGAUACGGAGCAGGAGCCAUGGCUGAGAGCAAUGUUGUGUUUUCUUCAUCUUCUUUCAUUCCCAGAUCUGCCAUGCUGAACCUAACAGUGGACAUGCUGGGUCAGUCGGUCAACGUGUUGGAAGUGGGAGGUCGUGUACAAGGCCUGGAGCUGUUGCUACAGAAGUACAUGGGCAGCUUUUUCAGCGGCGAAGAGAACAAAGGGAAGAGUGGCCCCUCCUCAAGCUGCGUCCGUCAACAGAAGAUGGACAAAAUGAAGGAUAAGUUUGCGGUGUCAAAAGAUGAUUUGGAGGCCUCUUUCUACGUGAGGAUGUUUGGUAAUGAGCUGGGCUUUGAGCAUCUGAGUGGAGAAGAACUGAUGAACAUCAAGGACAAGUUCAACCUCAAGACGAUCAUGAAAACUUUGGCAAAGGGAGACGAUAUCUCGUUCACCAAGAGUGCCAUGUUCAUGGACUCCAGCGUUGCUGUGCCAACUAUUGCAGGUAUGGCUCUGCGUCUCAGUGUGAAUGGCACUGCGACUGUUGAACUUGUUGCCAAUGGAAAGAUUGACAUGAGAAAGAUCUCCCGCAAAAACAUGGCUGCCAAUUUCAAUUUCAGGCCAAGUGCUGCUGUUCAGCUGUCCGGUUUGAUGAGUGUGGAAGCGGGAGCGGCCCGGUCAGGACUGCGAAUGACCACUACCCUGCACACUACCAGUGCCACCACAGGUAGCUUGGAUUUGACCAAUGGUCAGGUGGUCUCGGUAGACUUUGACACUCCUGUGGAGAAAAUGGAGCUUCUUGAUGUCAAGUCGGAAUUCUUCAUCCUUCACACUGAAGCAGAAAAGAGUGUUGAGAUGAAACAGAACAGCCUCGUGAGUAAGCGUACAUGCUCUCCCGACAUGCUGCUGAAGGUCACCGGCUACGAGGUGUGCGGAGAGUUUUCUUUCAUGAGGCCGGCCACGCCAGAGACCAGUCCCUAUUUCCCCCUUACUGGGCCCGUGAAGUUGAGCCUGACCUUGGACAAGAAAGAUGCGCCGAGUGGGUUUAAGCUUGUGGCAAAACAAGUUCAGAAUACCGACACCUCUGAGUUCCACUUGUUAGUAGACACCCCGAGGUCGAAUCAGGACAGAAAACUUACUGUUGACUACUUUCUCGACCAGCGUGCCAAGUCGCUGGAAGCAGAACUUGCCACCCCGUGGAAGAAAAUGUUGGUUAAAGGAGCAUACACAGUCGGAGAUGACACACGCCUUCUUUCAGCCUCUGUGGUGGUUGAUGGACGCGAAUAUGAACUGCUCACGCAGUUAGACAAGGAUGCAAAAGGGUCAAAGGUCAAAUGGACACCAACUUUCAAGCUGAGUAGGCCUCAAGACUCCAAGAUACUGGCUAAGGUCCCUGUCCAGUUUAAAGUGACCGGCUCUGUAGAGGUGGACAAGAAAUACCAGGACGUGUCUGCUGAUAUCACUAUCAAUUCUGGUCUGAAACCCGACCCCAUUCAAUUGAAAGGAAACUACAUCAACAAAGAGAAACAGAAAACCCUGUUUGGAAGUGUAAAACUGGGAGUGAAAGACACAUAUUCCGGAACACUCCAGCUUCUGAAUGUAGGCGGGAAACAGGCGAAAUCUUUGAAACUGCAACCCACAAUAUUGUUCUCCUCUCCGGAGGCUCGUCUGUUCUUGCUCUCCGGCUCUGUGGACCAUAAAAAGGAUAAGAUAACAAAGGGAAAUCUGCAAGUUACCAUGGACAAUAUUCUGAAGAAGCCAGCUGUCCUUGAAUUCAAGGUCACCAAGCAGAAGAAGACACGCUCUGAUAAAUAUAAGGGAACUGGAAAGGUGACAUCUGACAUCAUCUCAAUGAAAGCUCGUGGUACCAUGACCACACAGUCGGGUGAGGCCAUCAAGAAAGGCUCCCUUUUGAAUGGAAAAAUGACGGUGGACUACAAUUUCCAUGUCCUCAAGAACAAAUCUAUGAGGAAAAACCAUGUGGUUUUCAGCACCAAGGUCUACGACCGCAGCACCAAGGCCCUGAGGAAAUAUGAUGUCAACCUGAACAUGGACAACAAGAAAUAUCCAGAAGGGAGUUUUGUCACCAACACCGAACUGAGUCACAAAGCAACAUUAUCCAAAGUCAUGUUCAGCAUGACGCAAGGAGCCAAGGCACAGCUUCUCAAAGAUAAGAGCAAAAUGACCACCCUGGGCGCCACUCUUUAUCACAUCAUUGACCCGGAGUCUGCUGAUAUCAGAUAUGACCUGCAAGUCAUACAUCCACCAAAGAACAUUGAAUACGAGGUGAAAGGCAAACAUGAGCAUAAGCUUGGCAAGCAGUUCAGCUUUGAAACGUACACAAACAUUAUCUAUGCUAAACGGAAGAGUAUCGAGUUCAGACUCCAAGGAGAGAACACAGGCAAGAAGUCUUCGCUGGAUUACCGCGGAUUAUUGGAGCUCAGUUUUCCUGAUUUUAAGAUCAGGGGGAAAACUGUGGAUGCGAGAAGUUACAAAAUUGCCUCCAAUCUUCAGCGUACCCCUGAGAAAGAAUAUAUCCACACCAUAAACCUGCGAGUAAACAAUAAAGAUAAGCAUAACUUGGUGACAAAGUUCAAGAAAAUGAGAGGUGGCUUCUUUGACCUAUACUCUCAGGCUCAAGUUGGAGGGGAGAAACCCGCUACAAUGACUGUUGAGUUGUCCCGAGGUGAAAAGUUAGUCAAAGCUGUUUUGGAUUUCAUGAGCACGGAAAGGAAAUAUGAAUACGAGGUGAGCUCUGAAACGUUAGGGGAACGGUAUUAUCUGAAUACAUGGAACUUCAAGUCACCAGAGAGAAGGGUCAAAGGGUCGCUAGAAGGUUUUCAGCAAGAAGACAAUGAGUACACUGUAAAAAUGAUUCAAGCUUGGGAUGCUGAUCGUCAGCCGGACCAAAAAAUUGAUCUGCUUGCCUCUCUGACGGUCCUAAAUGAAAACAACAAAAGGAAGCAUGAAGCCAACAUACUCGUGAACACUCCCUUUGAAGGUUACAAGAUUUUCCAGUACAGAGAUUUGCAAGAAGCAAAUAACACUUUUGCAAAGCAGGAGCUGAAGGUCAUUUGGGCUGUGGAGGAAAAUGAACUGUCCUACUCCACUUGGGUGCACUUGCCUUUGUCUGCAGAAAGGGUUGAGAUGACUUUUGAUCUGGUCACUCCGGCAGACGUGUUGAGAAAAUUCAAUGUUGAAAUCAAUCACAAAAUGGAUGGCACCAAGCACUUGUCUACCAAAGUGAAGUCGGUCUACAACAAAGAUGAUGUAGCGGUGAAAGUGCUUUACUCCAACAAAGAGCACAACAACAAAAAGAAGCUGGAUGUAUCUCUGAUUGUGUCCUCGACCUCCCUGCCUCAGAUAAAAAAUGUGGCUUUGACUCUGAAGUACAAUGACAUGAAGAAGAGGAUUAAGACUCAGGCAGCCUACACAAGAAAUGGUGACCAGUACACUGGCACUAUGAUCUCUCAGUACUCCAAGGUAGAAUCACUCUGGCUGGUGCAGUCUUCCCUAGAUGUGACGUUUCCAAGUGAGAGGCCUCUCACAAUGAAUUUGAAAAUGAUUCCCAGCAAAGUUGGAAACGAUGGCAAACUCAUGAACUUUUCCCUGUCUUUGGACUGGAAACCUGAGUACAACUUUGAUGUGAAAGCGGGGGCAAAGUACAGUGUGACUGGUGAAGACACUGCAUAUGACGUUGAUAUAAAACUGCCAUUGGAGAAAAUGAAGAGAAUUGAAUAUUUUGCACGUACUGAGCAAAAAGGCAUGAAAGGUCAUUAUUUCUAUCGAUUCAAUGAGGACCCUAAAACCACAUACGAUACCAAAUACAUGCUCUCUAAGACAGAAACUGAGAUAGAUUACACUGCUGGGAAAAUCACUUUCACUUUGAGAGCCCUGUAUUCUAAAUUCCCGUACACUGUGUACACGCAGACAACUUGGCCUGGCGAGAAAUCUCCAUCUGAAAAGAAAAUAGUGUUUGAUGGCUCAGUGGAUGAGAACACAUUCAGUGGAUGGUCCGCAACUGCCAAACUUGUGACUCCAUUUGAGGAAGCGCAAAACGUCAACAUCAGGGGAGAUGUGAAAAAAAUGACAGAGACUGACUGGAACCUGGAUGGGGAGAUAUCCGUGGGUGUUCGGGAGAAAAUCACCAUCACUUCCACUGUGGACGCAGAAAAGUGGCAGAGGAUAAACGCAGAGAUCCGAACUCCGUACAAAGAGAUGACCAGCUUGAGUGUUGGACACAACCUGGUGGAAAAAGAUGGAGUCUACUCCAGCGAGUCCCACCUUGAAGUACAGCCAGUUUUCAAUCGUGUCAAAGUUGAACAGACUCUCACUUUGAAGCCGGAUAUUUCAAUGAAGUACAAGAUGCUGCUACCAAACACGGAGUUCAAAUUCAUUGAAGUCAGUCUGGAUCACAAAGAGCAGCGCAGAGGUGUGAAAACUCAUGUCAAUGUCAAAUAUCACCCAACACAGGAAAUUGAUUUGCUGUUUAAGACCAAGUUCAACAAGAACAGAUUCCCUGACAACACCAAGGUCUUCCUUGACCUCCGCACUCCUUUUGAAGUACUUCCAACUUUCAAUUUUAAGACCACCCUGGACAAAGAUGCAGACAAAUGGCUUGGUAAUCUGGACCUGAAGACAGGAGCGAAGCAGCUUGAGUAUCUGAAGGUUAACGUGGAACAAGCCAGCUCGGAAACAUCUUGCCACAGCGACUUCACAGUUGAGUCCUCUGUGUUUAAGACAGUCAGUGCUGGGAUGCACUUCGACUGGGGCGAUCUGGCUGCUGUCAAUCUGACCUUGGAUGCACCGAGAGUUGGCCGCUCUGUGCUGGGCUUCAGGAAGAAGUCAAAGUCGUGGACAGACUUCCAGAGCAAAGUCUUCAUGGAAAUCAAUGAGAAUGACCUUGACAUGGACAUUGGCCUGAAGCACGAGGAGAAAGAGACCAAGGCUUGGCUGAGCUAUGUCUACCCCGGCGCCGACAAGAGCUACAUCAAGACCUCAGUACACCGUAUCGGGGACUCACCCCGCGAUUUUGAUGUUGGCGGCUUCUUGCAAGUUGGUAGAGACACUAAGCCCUACAAUGUUUCCAUGCAGUAUUCAAAUACACCAGCCAAAUUUGCUCUGGGAACCACAUUUGAGAGUCCAUACACGAAAGCUUUAUCCUACUUGCUCAGUGGCGAAAGUCAAAGUAACGGUGGACAUGACUCUAAAGUAUAUGUCAAAUAUGGCGAGCGGCUCUUCCUUGACACGAUGUCUAGUGUGAAACUCCGAGAUGCUUCUGUCGUCUACAAGGUUAGCACUGAGUACAAGUUUGAGGAGUCUAGCCAUAAGAGUGGCACCACCUUGAAAGCUGAUUGGUCCAAGAUGGGAGAAGAGGUUUUCAUGGAGAGUUAUGCCAAUGAAUACUGGGUCAAAGCAGAGAUGACGCACACGAAAGCAAAGUCCAACGAGAAAGGCCAGGAAACGGUGGACCUUUUGGUCUUCACUCCAUUUGAAGGGUACAAGGACAUUGGUCUUCAUGCCGCUGUCAUGGCAAAGCCUGAGCACUUCAAUGGCAAGUGUAACUUGGAGUACACAGAUGAUAAAGAAGCAGUUCUGACCUUUGACCUUGCUAAGACUACAAAGAAUAAGGUUGCUGUAAAGGCUGAUUUAGCUUUGCCCAUUGAGGGCUACAAAAAGAAUACUUUGGUGUACUCUCAGAUUUCUAGGAGGAAUAAAUUUGAAGCCGAUGGUGAAGUUGUCACCGGUAAAAAUGAACGUAUUGCUGGCAAAGUGGAGUUCUUGAAUAAGAAGAACUUUAAACUGACGCUGUCCGGCCCCGUGGAAAAGUUUGAAUCUCUGGUCGUGUCUGGCAAGUAUGAUCAAACGGAGCUCAAAGUGGAGGGAGAUGCAAAUCUGAAACUUGCCAUGAAUCCUGCUCCAGUUACUUUAGAUUUCAAUGUCCAUAUCAACAAUGAGCCUGUUCUCAUUGAUUUGAAGCUGAAGAGUCCUUAUGAUGAAGUUAAGAUGGUAGAUCUAGAUGUCAAACAUUGGGGAAGAGAGUGGAAGCAGUUUAGAACUGUGGCCACCUUGGAAUCUAAUAGGAUUGGACUUGUCAAGAGUGAGACAAAGUGGAGGUUUGUCUCUACUUCGGACAUGGAAGGAUCCACUUCUCUGUCAAGUCCCUUAAAGAACUUGGAGAACGCUCGGCUUGUCUUCAGCAACAAGGAUUCCAGCAAGGGCAAAACUUCUCAUCUGGAAAUUGGAUGGAGCAAAGACCAAGAAAUUACAUCGGAUCUGGAUUGGAGCAUCUCCGAGUCCAGCUGGAAGGAACGGGCCAGGGUUAAACUGGACGUUGCGACCACUUUAGAGCAGUUCAGGAAAGCUGGCGUGGCCCUGACCCACGUCUAUGGCAACAAGAACAUCCAGGACAGUGUGAAGAUCCACCACAACGGCAAAACACACUUGGACGCCGAUAUCAACUACGAUUACAGCGACCGCCAUCAGGGAACCGUCGAGAUCAGGAGUCCGCGACCAAUCACAGUGGAAGGCUCUGGUUCACUUGGCACCAAAGCUUUUGACGGGAAAUUGAAAUUCAACUGGGACAAGCGCAAUCCCGAGGGCCACAUAGAAAUGGAGACCGAGUACGCAGACAAGUCAGAGUCACAAAAUGUUGACAAAAGCUUCAAGUUCAAAGUGUUUAAUCCAGCGAGAGUCAUGGGUGUCGACUGUUCCUUCAAGCAGUCAGACAAGGAGCUCCUGUCAGCUGGACUUAUCACGUGGAACCAGCAGAAAGGCAAGACCUUCUCGUAUGACAUUGGCUGGAAUGACAGAACGUCUCGCUACAGCAAGAUGUAUGAAGGCCACGCCAAACUUGGAGUCCCAGAGCGUAGCGUCAAGGUGCAGAGCUCCUUCAGUGACUCCGGUACCAAGCAGUCUGCCAGCAGCGCUGUCUUCUGGGAUGCUGACAAGGAUGAGACCAAGAAGGUGACAAUGAGCACUACUGUGGAGUCGAAGGACAAGACAAAGAGAGUGGUGUUGAAUGUGAACCUCCCUAACAUCAACAAGCAACUGAACUUGGGAGUGACCAGCAAGGGAGGCUAUGGCACCACCCUACUGGACACGAAGGCGGAACUGUCCUACUCCUCCGACCCCUCGAAGAUGAUCACCAUCACCUCAAAGGUCAGCAACCAGGAGCUGCUCUCGGACAAGUUCUACAACUACACGGUGGAGCUGGGCUUCAUGCAUCCUGUCACUGGCAUUGACAUGCAGCUGACUUCUCACAUGGGCAGCACAGAGAAUAUGUGCUCCACAGGCUCCCGAUUGACCUUUGACACGGCUCGCAGAGAGACGAAGACCUUGGAGUUCAGAGCACAGCUGGACAAAGCCAGGAAGAAUAUGGAAAUUCAGGUGGUCACUCCCAUCAAAGACGUCCGAGUGGAAGGUCGUCUGGACAACAAGCGUGGCCGCCAGCACGCGGUGUGGAGGAGCUUCGAGGAGGGCAAACAGACCAUGCGGCUUGAUUUGGCCAUAGACCGCCAGAGAAGGAAUAUGGACGUGGAGUUCAACUAUGAUCAAGAUGACCCCGACAAGAUGGUGACCCUCUCCGGCCGCUACAUCAACGACAGUGCUGUACAGAUGGACCUCAUCACCUACCAGACCAAGGGACAGUUUACCUCAGAGAGCAUGAUCGCCGUCCGAUUGAAUUCUUCCAACAUACUGCACACUCGCAUCACAUGGCGCCCGACUCUGCUUGAUGAACUUCAGACAUUUUUGAGCACCAAGGUCACAGCAUUCUCUUACAUAGCCAUGCAGACUUUCAACGACGCUUCCACCAGUGUUGGGACUGAGGUGAAGGCCAAAUAUGUCUUGAUGUCCAAGGAGCUCGGCUCAGAGUUGGAACAGGUCUUCUCCCUCAUGGAGAAGGAAAUGGAGAGUCUUAAUGGUCAGCUGGGUGCUCUUAACACCCAGAUUCGUCGGGCAUAUUUGAGAAACGACCUUCACAUCAAAGACAUGGGAGACCAAGCCAAGGCUGCGUUUAAAGAAAUCAUGACUGAGAUGAACAACUUGAUGAUGAACUACCGCUCCUACCACGUGAAGGUCACACAGGCCGCCAAGGACUGGUUGGCUGAUCUGAGCAGUUUCCCCGUGGCCCAGAGGUAUAACUCCGCAGUGCAGGGUCUGGUCAGGGGCAUCAGGGGUGUGCGUUCAGCGCUAGACGAGGCCCUGACGGAAGUGGGCUUGGGGAUGAAGAAGUUCUCCAAGGUGUCUCACCAGUGGUACAUGACUCUCUCCCGGGACCUGGACAACAGGCUCAACAGCUACGAGCGGCUCAUGAACAAGCUGCCCGAGGUCCAGAAACUGAUGGCCCAGCAGGCUGAGCCCUCUAAGCAGGGCGGGGAGAGCCUGAUCCACCCGAGCCACAUGUACAGCCAGCUGUACCUGCAGGGCCACCGCAUCCUACAGGACCAGUUCCACGACCUUAUGGCCCGCCCAGAGUUCCUACACGCUCAUGCCAUGGCCAGUGAAGUCCAUCUGCAGUUCCAGUUCUGGAAUGCAGACAAGAGUUUAGCCAACGGCGUGCGCCGACUUCUGGAGCUGUCCAAGAACCUUGUGUUGAUGCAGCUGAAGCAGCUGAAGAAUUCCCUGAUGGAGCUGGACAAGAAUCGUGUCAUUGUCUUUGACCCACAGAGGGGAGAGCUCCAAGUGGAGGUUUACCUGCCAUUCCCUCUCAAAUCUCUCGCUGAAGUUCCAAAGAUCAAACCCGGAAAGUACGCGGCCAAGCUGAAGGAGCUGACUCAGAUUGAGCUACCGACGACUGACGGCAUGCUGUGGGACACGUACUACAACUAUGUACCGUCGGUGGAGACCUCCGAGUGGGUGCCUCCUUUUGAUGGAUCUGCCUAUCUGAUUGGCUCCCAGCACUACCUGACCUUUGACAAGCACCAGUACGACUUCAUGAGCCAGUGCAGCCAUGUGCUGGCCCGGGACAUGCUCAACGACAGUUUCUCCAUCGUGGUCAACUACGGCAAGCGGCCGCGCCACAGCGGUGUCAAGUCCCUCUGCUUCCACGUGGAGAACUCCAUCAACUUUGAGAUUGCCAAUGACUAUAAGUUGACCAUCAACAAAAAGGAAGCGGAGAUGCCUUUCAUUUCUGACAAGGUGAAGAUUUUCCACGAGGGAGACUUUGUUCGGGUGGAGUAUGUCGGAGGUUUUGAGGCACUGCUCAAUCCCAAGCUUGACCUGUACAAGGUUACGGUCAGCGGAUGGUACCAUGGCCGUUUGGCUGGCAUGCUGGGAGCUUAUGAUAAUGAGCCAGAUAAUGAUAUGAUGACAUCAAGCACUUGGGACAGCUUAGAGGUGAACCGGAAGUCUUGCAACAAGAAAAAUGUGGCUGUCACGCCCGAUUCCAACACGAAAACUGACAAGCGUUGCCUUCAGUAUUUCCAGGAGUCAUCAAAGUUCAGGGCUUGCUUCAAGCAGGUUGAUCCAUCUCACUUCGGACAAAUGUGCCAAACUUACUUGGACAGUAUGUCAGUUGAGGAAGCUGUUCGCAGAGCGACCGAGCAGUACAGAUUCGUUUGUCAAGGCUACGGCAUCUUUAUGGGACCGGCCUCAGAAUAUGCUCCUUGUGCCAGCAAAAAGCCUUUUGAAGUUGACAGAAGGGACGCCCUGUAUCAGUCCGCUGAUGUUCUUUUUGUUGUGGAGGACAGUGAGUGCAACAAGUGGGCAUCAUCUUCUCUCUCCACAAUGGCCACGGAAGUGAAUAAAGCCCUUGAAUAUGCAGGAAUGAAAGAAAACCGGUUUGGCCUGGAGGGCUAUGGAAGCCGUGAGAUGAGCGCACCAACUGCCAGGACCAUCAACGGACAGAUGUUUGGGGAAGCUUUGCUGUUCCUCAGAGCAGUGGAGACCCUCAAACUUGAGAAAUCAGAUGAGGAAGGAAGCAUCUACGAAGCUGUCCAGAUGGCUAUGAAGUACCCAUUCAGACCAGGUGUUGCCAAGGUGUUGGUGCUGGCUCCGUGCUCAGCCUGUGAGGUGGGCAUCCUGGAGAGCCAGCUUGCGUACAGUCUCCGCUCCCAAGGCUUCAGCGUGCACAUCCUGCAGGAGCAAGGCUUCUCCUACAGCGAGGAGGGCACCAACCGUCCGGCCACCUACAGGGUCUAUGGUCUGGACAACUCUAAAACGUUCACCAACCACAUCUCUGAUAGCUCAGUGAGGCCUCUGGAUGUGGAGAGAAACAGGCCGGAGGAUUACUGCAGCAGCAUCGCUCAGGUCACCUCUGGCGCUGUCUUUGACACUACUCACCUCAACGGCAAAUCCGGGGUCAAGCAAGAAUUCAUCAAGUCGUUUGCUCACAGAGUAGGCUGGGACACCAAGCUUCCUCAGUGCCAGAGAUGCUCCUGCAAUGCAGACUCUGGCAAUGUUGAGUGCAAGUUGUGCAACGCCAGCCCUAUCCUCAACAAUAUUCCACUGCAGCCUGUCAGCCUUCCCCGGGCCCUCGGCUACCUGCGUGACGUCAACUAUGACGUAAAGAAAUACCUGGGCUUCAACAAGUGAUUGUCAAGGGUUCCAGAUGAUCAUUAUCAUCAUUAUUGUCAUAUUCCUUCCUUGUCUUAUUUUAAUCAAGUUUUGCAUUUGAACAUUAUAUAGCUGGUCUAAUUUCUGAAAAAGAAAUUCUUCUUAACUGAUGGAUUUAUUUCUUAAUCAUUUUAAAGGAAAUUAUCGUAGGACACCCCAUUACAAGUUGUUAGCUUGUGCGGAAUUGAGAAUGUAAUUGUUGAGAGAAAGUUGUGCAUAGUUGUAUAUCAUAUAUGCUUAAACUUGAAAGUACCAUACUUACGAUGUUCCAAAGACUUGGACUUUCUAAGUGUAUAUGGCGUAACAAGGAAUUGUGUCUUAUCAUUCUGUCUUCUGAAAAUAGUUUAGUUUGUUUUGUAUUUGUUUUGCGAGUUGAAAGUAAUGUGGUGGCUUGUUUUACAGCAGGGGUCCUUACCUUUGAAAGUGAAUUUAUUCCUCCGUCAUUUUGCUGAGCAGUGUAACUUACUGCCCCUUGUCACAAUACAGUAACCAGCAACGAUUUAAUGAUUAACAACAUCAUUCCCUUUCUAGUCCUAGUUAAACAAGAAAAAAAA